AUGCAAAUAUUUAAUACGAAUGCUCUCCAGCACCAAUCCAAAGUUGGACUUGGAUGGGGAGAACUUGAUCCAAAAGCUAGAAUAUGGCACGUUCCCAUGCCCAUGGAAAGACAUGCUGUCACUGAUCCAUUCAAAAGCCAAGAGAAGAAGUUGAAAGGAAGUCCUGAAAAACUCAUUACGUUCACAAAACUAGACAGAUAA